ACCAACCGAAGCAUUCUAUCAAGUUUUAGCAGAAAACAACGCUCUAACCUUUCAAUUACCAACCAAGAAAUCAACCAAGGAACCGGCUGUGCCGUUUACAACCAUGGUGGAGCAAGAAGAAUUAGAUCGUCUAGAUAAGGCAUUAAGAGAAGUCAAUCGACAAGUGCAAAGAGAACGACAGAGAGCCGAAGCUAUAACAGAAGAGUCGGCCAUGUAUAAAUAAACGGUUACUUUUCCAAUAAAAAUUAUUUCAGGGCCAAUUUAAUCAUCACCGGUGGUUGGGAAACCUGGGGUAUUUUGUUUCAUACUUCCUAUCGUUCUCUAUUAACAUGGUCAAUGCAUUGGCCGAGGAAGCAUCAGCUAGUACUGCUGUUCCCUCUACGUCCAAUGGCGACAUUUCACUUCCUCCCACCAUGGACAUUGAGAACCGGCAAUCACAAACCAGCAGUCCAGUAGCUUCAAAGGCAAAACCGACUCAACCUACCACAGCGUCUGCGGCAGAAAUCGCUAAUCCAGAUCAUCCUCAUCAUCGACACCAUCGAACUAUAAACGACUUUGAGUUAAUGGGAACUUUAGGAGAAGGAAGUUACUCAACGGUCUUGGCAGCUAAAGACAAGAAAACAGGUCAAUCCUAUGCCAUUAAAGUACUAGAUAAAUUCCACAUCAUCAGAGAGAAAAAACAAAAGUAUGUCAAUAUCGAAAAACUGGCUCUAAUUCGUAUGAACCAUCCCGGCAUCGUCAGCUUAUACUGGACGCUGCAAGACAGAAAUAGCUUAUAUUAUGUCAUUACGUUAGCUCCUCAUGGAGAGCUUCUUACAUACAUCAAGAAGCUGGGUUCAUUUGACCUGGCAACUACGCAAUUUUAUGCUGCCGAGAUUUUAUCAGCCUUGGAGCACGUCCAUUCGAAGAAAGUCAUUCAUAGAGACGUAAAGCCUGAAAAUAUACUUUUAGAUGAAAAUAUGCACAUCAAGCUGACUGACUUUGGAUCUGCGAAAUUGCUGGACGAAGACGAAGCCCCCAUCAGCCAAGCACCUCCUCCAAAUGAAGAUAUAGAAGAAGGGCGAAGGGGAAGACCCAGAGCAAAUUCAUUUGUAGGUACUGCAGAAUACGUGUCUCCCGAGUUGCUCUCUGCCAGAGCAGCCUCCAAUGCGUCGGACUUUUGGGCGUUAGGCUGUAUCAUUUACCAGCUGCUGGCCGGCAAGCCACCGUUCAAAGGAGCAACGGAUUGGCUUACAUUUGGAAAGAUUCAACGCCUUGAAUACAACUUCCCGGGAUCCUUUCCUGUUGUAGCAAAGGAUCUAGUACAGAAGCUGUUGGUACUCGACCCGAACGUUCGCUUAGGGUCAGAAGAAACAGGAGGCGUAGAGGCAUUGAAGGCGCACACAUUUUUCGAGGGAAUUCAGUGGGAUCAACUUUUUACCAGUGAUGCCCCCAAACUACGUCCGUUCUUGCCGAAAAUGGAUGGCAUGAAUGAAUAUGAUCUCACCAGUGAGAACAACGUAUUCUUUCAACGCCAAGGCCAUAGUUUUGAUGAUAUAGCCCGCGAUCCAUUUGAGGACGACUAUGGCUCGGAAGCGCGCAUUAGUAUGGCUAGCGGAAACGGCUCAGAAUCAGUGACACCGGAGGAAGGAUCGAUGGCCAAAGCCAAAUUGGCUUCACGUGCCCAUAAGCCUCCUCGCCCCCACACUAGUACACCUCGAUCCAACGCAAGCAGCAUAAGAAGUGGAGGGAUUAGCAGUCUGGCUGAAGAGAAAGCAGCCGAACGUCAAAAGAAACUUACUGAACAAGCCAAUUCUCCAUGGAGCAAAUAUUUGCACAAGGAUGAACUCAUAAUACGAGCUGGACGAGUCAACAAACGUCGAGGGUUGUUCUCCAAAAAGCGAUACUUGAUCUUAACCGAUCGCCCAAGACUGUUUUACUGUGAAGAUGGCGCCAAAUCUUCGUCUGUGCCCAAGGGAGAGAUAUUUUGGACGCCCAAAAUGGUUCCCGAACUAAAAGGCAAGAAACAAUUUUGGAUACAUACGCCUCACAAGACAUCCUAUUUUGAAGAUCCCGAAGCAAAGGCGGAAGAAUGGGUUAAUGCAAUCAAUACAUUGUUGGUGAACACGUUUGGGGUAACUACCUGAUCAAGAUUUCCUGUGGUUGGACGUGCGCGAUGUGUUUGUCAUACUCUUCGCGAAAAGGAUAAGACGUUUCGGAAGGCAGACUUAUCAAAAUUUGAUCAGUUGUACGAUGUUAGAUUUUUAUACUCUAUUUUUUUUUUAUCUUCCUCUUUCUUCAUUUCAAGCCUGAUUGUAUAAAGUAAAAGAAGGGAUUGUUCAUAAAUGUAUUUGCA